GCUGUAGUCGUGUUCACAAGCGAUGAGCUCUUAUCAAAAGUAAUUAAAAUUGUUCAACGGUGUCCUUCAAUUCAACGUAUUAUCUACUUCACAGAUGGAGUUUUUAAUCGAGAACUUUACACAGAAGUUGACAACCUCGCUGUUCCUUCUGAAAGUGCUACCGCUAGUGUUGCAGAAGCUCUGACAAAAUGUCCGUCAAAUUUACAUCUACACAAUAUAAUCGAAGUUGAACGUUUGGGAGCUGCAGUAAUCAUGAAAGAUAAAGAAAAGCGAAAAAUGGGUGGUUCCACACCAAUUACAGGGAAUAAUAAUCACUCAUCGAACGGUUAUGAGGGUUUAUGGAUGCCUCCUGCAUCAGAACGUGCCAGUCCCUCGGAUUUAGCUGUGAUUAUGUACACAAGUGGAUCAACAGGUAUAAUUUGUACACUUUCUUGA